CAUAUGGUUCUACAAACUCUUUAUAUUUCCGCCUGUGUCGUCCUUUCUCUUUAUGCAACUGAAGGAAUUUCUCCGAGGACAACUGCAAACUUUGGACAUUACAAUGUUCAUUGUUUUUCGGGCACACUUGCACAGGAAGCCCUGGAAGUUGCUUCUCUUUAAACCUCAUUCUAGUGGAGGAACUUAGUGUUCACACUAUCAGUGGUACAUGCACAGAGAUGUGUAAAGAUGCUCACAGAUUCUGCAUGGUCAACCUUUACUGCAGCCUCGGAAAGACAGGUCAACUAUUCAAAAACAGAAUGAUUUGUUGCCAUUUGAUGAACUUUUCAAAGUUAAUUGAAUACUCUUGACUACGCUUUAUGAAAUGUCCGGCUCACGCAAAUGGCGUGGUGCACUCGCGUGUGUGAUUUGGGCAAAUGUGAUUGCAUGCUUUUUGACAACAGGGACAACAAGACAUCCAUCGCGUUCAGUGAAGCUACGUGGUCUACCUCCUCGUGUUGACGUGGGCGAAGGAAAGGGGUUUUGGGCAGCCGUGCAGAAAGCGGCAAGUAGGAGCAGCAAGACUGAUUGCCAGACACAUAUGGAGAGCAUUGUUGCGCUUGCAGAAAGUCACAUGAAAUCCAGCAAAAUUGUUGACAGAGAUGCUGCGAUACAGGCUUUGGUGGUGUCAAUGCAAGA